UUCUUCGCGUAAAGAAAGAAACAGAGAACCGCCAUUAAUGGUGGUUAUGAUGAUGAUGAUUAUGGAUAAUUGCAAUUGGUGGGUUCUAAGAUAAGCUUUCCAAGUCAUUGGAUGCCCCAUUGAUUCUCGAUUUUCGAGCUCACGCAUUCUCUCUCUUAAACUUCCAUUUUGUGUAGAGGACGAACAGAAACAGGCGACACUCUGCUUCAGGGGCAGCGGAUUCUGCGGCUGGCAGUUUCUACAUGUCAGAGCGACUGUUCUAAUGUUCUUUUCCAUCAUUUCAUCAGUUAAAUAUUCUCCUGGAGUAAAAUAAUUCUGCGAUACUGUUCUGAGCUUGUUUGGUUGUGAGAUUAAUCAGAUUUUGUGUUUUAAACUGAUUCUUUUCCAUCUUUCGUUGUCUUUUGUUAUGAAUCCUUGUCCAAUCAAGCGCUGUAAAUCGUAACGCAAAAGGAGUCGAAGUUUGAACCUCAGCUAAGAAAAGCAUCGUCAAGUUUCGGUGGUAUUUUUUUGUUUCCCUUGUUCUUCGAUCUUGUAAUUUGGCGAUUGGGGCUUUGCUGGUUAUGAACUUCUUUUUGCUGUUUGUUUGAGCUCUGUAAUCACCUGAAAUCAAGGUUGGAGAGUAGCUUCUUUAAUGGAGUUCUGAGGCAUUGUUUAAGUUAAUUCUAGGUUUGGGGUUUCUCCCAAAUCAUUGUGCUUCUUGAUCGUCUUUCAAUUGCUUGCUUGCGUUUGUGAUUGAAACUCCAUAGCCAAUAUCUUUCAUUAGCCACUCAUUUGGUGAAAUGGGUUGUGCUGCUUCAAGUAUCAAUGAGGAGGAGAAAGUGAAGGCAUGUAGGGAGAGGAAGAAGCUAAUGAAACAGUUAAUAGGGUUUAGAAAAGAAUUUGCAGAUGCUCUGUUAAUUUACUUGCGGGCAUUGAAGAACACAGGUGCCACUCUUAGACAAUUUACUGAGUCCGAAACAUUGGAGUUCGAAGAUACUAUUUAUGGCUUGGCAUCUCCUCCAUCACCACCUCCUCCCUUGCCUCCCUCUCCACCACCACCUCCGCCGUUUAGCCCUGAUUUGAGGAAGCAUAGAGCUGAAGAUGGCCGGAAAGAUGAAUUUAUCCCAGAAGGAAGCAUUGUUACUGAUGAUGAUGAGGGUGAUCAUUCCCCAUCACCUCCAAUUUUGAGCUCAUCCUGGGAGCAUUGGGAUCCUUUUGAGCAUUCUUCUGUGCAUCAACAAAAGAAAAGUGAAAUUGUUGGGCCAGUUGAAGAGGAAAAUUGGGUUGAGACUAAGAGUGAAUUUGAGGAAGAAGCUGUAGAAGAUGUUGUGAAUCCAGAGCAAAGGGACUUGGUGAAUUGUAGUUCUUCUACGACUAGCUUGCAUAUGAAAUUUGCUAGAGACAUGGGCAUGAUAUCAUGGAAGAAAAGGAAAACGUUGGGAGCUGUGGUGAAGGAACUCGAUGAGUAUUUUCUUAAAGCAUCCAGCGGUAUAAAGGAAAUAGCUGUUCUUAUUGAUAUCAGCGUUGGAAAUGAUUUUCAGCCACAUAACUUCAGGGAAAACAAGAGGAAGAGAAGCAGUUCUGCUAAGGUCUUCAAUGCACUAUCGCGGAGGUGGUCAUCUAAUUCACUUCAAUUUACAACAGAUACAGUUGAGUUUUGUGGUUCCAAUGAACCAUGUCGGCCUGGAGCUCAUUGUAUCACCCUGCAAAAACUUUAUGCAGUAGAGCAAAGACUUCAAAAAGACGUAAAGGAAGAAGAGGUUACCAAUUUGGAGCGUGAGAAGAAAGCUUUGACACUGCAAAGACAAGAGGAUGAACACUAUGAUCGGACCAAAACUGAGAAAACUUUCCAGGCUGUUGAGAGUUUAGAGACUGACAUUAUACGUUUGCGGCAAGCUAUAAGUGAACAUUGUGCUUCAAUAUUGGCGCUAAUGGAUGAGGAACUGUACCCGCAACUGGUUGCUUUAACUUCGGGGUUAUUGCACAUGUGGAAGAUGAUGUCUGAAUGCCAUCAAAUACAGAAUGAAAUCUCCCAGCAGUUGAGCCAUCAGAUUAACAACCAUGACGUAAAUCUAAGUACAGAUUACCAUCGCCAAGCCACUGCUCAGCUCGCAGCUGAGAUAACUGUCUGGUACAACAGCUUCUGCAAUCUCGUGAAAUAUCAGAGGGAGUACGUAAAAACCCUCCAUAGGUGGACUCAACUUACUGACUUCCUUGUAGAUCAUGAUAGACGGAGUGUCUGUUCAUCUGUGGUUCUUAACCUCUGCGAAAAUUGGCAGAAUGCACUUGAAAGAUUACCUGACAAGGCAGCUUCAGAGGCCAUCAAGAAUCUCUUGUCAGCCAUUAACUCCCUGCUACUCCAGCAAGUGGAAGAACAGAAUCUCCAAAGGAAAUACGAAAAGCUGGAUAAGAGACUUCAAAAAGAGAUGCAUUCCCUGGCAGAGAUGGAAAGAAAACUUGGGGGAAGCUUUGUGUGUGACGAUGGAAAUGAGAGUUUGAGCCCCAAGAAUCCUUUGUCAAUAAAGCGUGCAAAAACCGAUGCGUUGAAGAAGCUUGUCGAUACCGAGAAGGCCAAAUAUCUGAACUCGGUCGAGGCUGGGCGGUCCAUGACUUUAAACCAUCUGAAAACAGGCCUUCCCAACGUUUUUCAGGCGCUUAUGGGAUUUGCUAGUGCCUCUGUACAGGCUAUGGAGUCUGUCUGUAGUCAUGUUACACCCAAAGAGUGUCGUGAUGAUGCAACUGUGAGCUCUACAAACUGAGAUUGAUACCCAUAGAACAGAAUUUGCUUGCUCUGCAAGUUCUUCAUCUGAGUUUAGUCAUUCUAUCGAAAUAUGGAAGUCCAGAUUUAUAUCAG